CUGGGGUGUGGAGACGCGCUGUCCCUGACACCCACGAUCAGGUUCUUCACUCAGAAAGUCAUAAGCACUCUAAAUGUUGAACGUGUCUAGUUACAAUGACAUUAGUUGAAGGGCUGGUGUUUGGGUGCAUUUGUAUAGUAGUAAUUUCAAGACAUGGGGAUGGAUGGGUAGCUGCUGCACCUGACAUUGCAGACGCUCAACCUGCUACUUCGGAGGAAAAUUUUAAAGAUCAAGUUGAUGGGCGUCACACUACGUGGACUCUACUUGGUUCUCUCAAGGGAAUAGAUCGAGCUGUUUUGUGUCUGUCUGUUUUCAUCCACAUUCUCAGGGUACUCCUUCCCGUCGCUUUCAACAAAGUUCUAGCAUCAUUAAGUGGCGGAAGAGUCGAUUGUGGCCGUUGUGUGGUCAUAAGUGUUGCCCGAAAUUGUGAUUCAACUACAACCAGCAACGUUUACUGCUGGGAUGUCGAUAGCCACGGAAACGGGGAAGGCGAGCCCUUCCAGCUGAUGUUUGAGAACAGAACCUUUUGGACAAAUGAAGAGGUAACAAAUGAAGGACUCAAAGUUGGAUCUCUUUUGAACUAUCAGCCAUUCGUACCGUCCUUUCAGAUUGUCUCUGAGCAGGGUAAGCUCGACGGAAAACAGUUUAUUGAAAAUGCCGGUGGUAAACCACAGGAUGUAACUCAAUUGCUAAUGGACCUUCAAGACAAUGAAAGUUUGUAUAGAGGACUUAAAGGGGCACAUGGAUGUGUCAACCAAAAGGGUCACAGAUUUUUUCAAGCCUAUUCAGACAAAAAGGAGUUUCUAAAAGAACUCUACACCAAACUUCACAUGGCAUGUACCAGAAUUUACUUCAUUGGAAUAAGGGCUUGUACAAUUAAGAAUGAAAGAGUUGCUCUGGAAACAGUGGAUGGAGAAUUGUUAGAUAUGCCACUGAACUGUAGAGAAAGCCUUGUCUUAUCUACAGCACCAGUUCAUUUACAACUUAAGAGGCCAUGGGAGGUUGCAGAUGAUGAAUUGGGUGGUGUGGCAGUUGUAAAAUGUGAAGCUGGAAAAUCUACCUGUGAGGGAAUGAUUUUAAGAUAUAAACCCUACAUCAUAUCAAGGGAUGAAGAACUAGUUGAGAUACGGAAUGCAUGUGGCAAGGUGAUUCCACUUGAAAGAGCCUGGCGUGUCUUGUUUGACACUGGCAACGAGGCACGCACUGGCAUAUCCACAGGGCUUCUGUUGGAGUUGAACCUGCAGCCUGAUUCCAAGACAAAAGAGGAGGUCAAGUUAGCAGGAGGAGGGUUGCGCCAGUUUGAAAACGUAGAGAUUGAGCUUGUAAUUCGAGGAUACCACUUUAAAGUUUAUGCAUUAGUUGGUGUCCCAGCUGAGGGUACUGAUCUUCUUGUGGGAAUGGAUAUAAUCCAGCAGCUCUUUGAUAAAGGGUAUACUAUUGGUGAAUAACUUGUGGUACAUUUUAAGAAUUUCCAGAAUAAUGUAUGUCCUUUGCGGUAAACUCCUAAUCAGUAGAAAGGUUAUUAAUGUAUGCACAUCUGUACAAGAUCAUUUUGCUUAACUUGGGAUUUAAACUUUUUAUAUAUAUAUAUUUUUUUGUCUUUAUGAGACCAUUUGAUACAAUUCUUGAAAUGUUUGUAAUGUUAAUAGCAUGAAACAUGUUGCACUGUGCAAAGUUACCACUUAGUAAAGCUUCCAGAUUUUUGCUCCUUGUCACUCUGUUGAACAGUCAGAAUGCUAUAUAUGGCACUCUUAUAUCUAUGACAAACAUAUGUUUUUUCAAGUAUUGUUUAUGUUUUUUUUUUUUUUUAUUUAAUUCAGUCAACAAAAAACUUCAUGUCUUUCUUUUGAAAAGUGUUACUCCAAACUUAUGAGCAUCUUUUGAGCUCUUUGGAAUUGAAUUUUCUUUAUUACAUUCAUCACUUCCUCCAUAGAACACUGACAAAAUGCAAGGCAGCCAGUUUUGAUGUAGUACUGCUGCUAUAUUCACCCUGUGUGAGGUUAUUAUAGCCAGAUAUGAUGCAACCCUCAACCAAUCAGAGCGUGGACAUCUCUAUAAGCACCUGCAUAGUUAUACUUUUGUAAUAUAUGACAAAUACAGUAGCUGCCUUUAGGGUUAAUAUGAUGUAGUGCAUAGAGAAUUUUAGAACGUCUGUCUAUUACUUGAAAUAUAAUUGAUUAGCUAAUAUCAUGUACAGCACAUAAUGAACAGUAGUGAUUUUGAUCAAGAGUUUAUCUAUUAUUGAAUGUUAACCAUCGUGACAAUGUAAAACAUAUUGCACAUUCAGGACAUGGAAUCAAAUUCCAAGAAUUGUAAUGAAAUUGUAUUUAACUUUGAUGGUUAUAGUUUUCAAAUAAAGCUUUGAAAGCUCUA